AUGUUACAUUAUCUCAUUAUUAUUACUUUUACUUGCAACCCAAAAUGGCGUGAAAUAACAGAAAACUUAUAUACGGGUCAGAAUGCGAAUGAUAGACCUGAUUUGGUUACUCGAGUAUUUAAACUCAAGUUAAAUAACCUCCUAAAUGAUAUAUUCGAACAUGGCGUAUUAGGCAAAGUUGUAACGCAUGUUCAGGUUGCUGAGUUUCAAAAGGGUGGUUUGCCGCAUGCCCACAUUUUACUUCAUUUAGCAAAUGAUGAUAAACUUGAAACAUCACAGGAUAUCGAUAAUUUGAUUUGUGCAGAAAUUCCAGAUCCGAUAGUUAAUCGUGAACUUUAUGAUAUUAUCAAAAGUUGCAUAAAUCACGGCCCAUGUGGGAUACUGAAUCCAAAUUCUCCCUGCAUGAAAGAUGGGGUGGGCAGCAAAAAUUAUCCUAAAGAUUUUAAUGCCAACACAGUAGCUGUUCACAAUGGUUAUCCACGCUAUAUGCGUCGUGAUAAUGGGUUGGUUAUCAAUAUUAAAGGCAACAAUGUAGAUAACCGUUGGGAUGCGUAUGCAGGGCUAAGCCCUUUUCGGAAUUGCGAUAUAUUUUUCAACUUAUAG